ACUAGUUUGUUCCUGCUCGUAGCAAACUAGUGAGGGAGGAAACACCGGUAACUUCACAAAGAUGGGUUCAAGAUAUAUUAUAUUGCAAAUGACGCUUUGGGGACACGCACACAGACCACUUCAGUAACUCUGCAUUGACUGUUUUUUUUUCUCAAUGAGUUCCAGGAAGCGUAAAAGGUACUCCAGGGACAUAAAGUGCGUUUUCUUUCCCGAUGAUAUCCAAAAUGCUCUCCCGAAAGUGGGCAGGGAGCCCUCUUCGCUCUCUUCCCUGUCAUCCGCUAAGAGCUGGGAGAAGUGUGGAGACAGUUUUUUGGAUAGUCCGGUGACAAAGAUCAUUCCGUCAUCAGGAAGAAAACUAUCUGCUCUAAAGAAGCUGAAACAGUUGUCUGCUGCAGUUCAGAGCAGUUCCCCUCACCGUGAGGAGGACCCAGUGAACAUUGCGUGGAGCUCCAGUGACUCUGAGCAACCUGAUGAUGAGACCCAGGAGCAGCAUCCAUCCAGAGUUACUGCACAGAGGCAGCAGCAGUGUAACAGUCGAGGGAGACCCACAGCUUCCACUCAGUCUUACAGCAGAGCACUGCUCAUGCUCAGCACUGAUAAAGAUGACCUUCCUGUUAUUGACACAGACAGCGAUCUGGGUGAUGAGUCUCAGGAAGAUGUUGAAAAGCACAGUGGGCAACAAAUCUCAGACUGUGACUCCUCUGAAGAGAAGCCAAAUGACUUCCCUUAUAAAACUGAAGAUGUUAAAGAGCUUGAGAUCUCAGGGUAUGUGUCUGAUGGAGAGGAUAUUGGCAGCCCAGUGACUUCAAGCAGACUGGACUCUGAGAUCUUUCCUCUUCAAACUGGUGAGGGCAGCAAAAAGUCAAUCAGCAACUGGGUGAGAUCUGCUCAGGCGAUGCUGCAAACGCCCCAGAAACCAGUCAAUAGACAACCCAAGACUCCAGAAGACUCUGCCAAAAAGAGAAGAAAGUUUCAAAGUGGAGGUCUGGCAGAAAGGCUGAAUCGACUUCAGUGCAGGCAGAGGUCAGCUAUCAGCUUCUGGAAGCACCAGUCCGUCUCUGAUUCCUCGGCAGCAACAACCACAACAGUGGACAGGGCUGGCGUGCUGGUGCUUGAGGUGCUGGAGGUUCAUGAGGAGUGCAGCAUGCAGUUGGCGCACUGCAAGCACCACCAACCCCCCGGAGACGGCCACCAACACAUUAACCCGGUCUCUGAGGAGAGCGCUCGUAUGUUGGUGUUAUUCAACAGAGAGACAGCUGCACAGCUGAUUCCUGCACCCAGUGACAUCAUCCACAUAUAUCCACCAUGGCAGAGCCUUUCUGUUGAGGGCUUCAGCUGUCCUAUUAUUCUCAACACACACUUCAGCAAGAAGGUCUUCUGUGCUUCUAAAGCGGCCAAUGCGUCUAUUCCUAGAGGCCCAGUUUUUGCAGAAAGGCGCAUGCCGUAUUAUUUGGGAAAAACAUUCGGAGUGCUGGAUGCAUGCAGGACCACAGGGGAGAGCAAUGUGAAGCAGGUUGCUCAGUGCAGUUUGGGGCCUUCUGGAGUUUUGACAAGACACUGCGUCUCUCUCCUGGAAGCUAUCGAAGGUCUCGGCCAGGCUGGCUCUGUGGAACAAGAUGUAGAGGUGGUUGUGCAGAGAGUUUACUCCAUCCCCAUUGCUGACUGCUCUCCUGUGUCCAUCCUCAAACCAAGACUUCCCCUCAGGUCCUCCACAGCUCCUCCUGCAGAGAAAGGCAAAACAAGGUUGUGUGUGCUCGUCCAGGACAGCUACGGGAUGUUCAGUGUGGUCCAGCUGCACCUCCUGCCCUGUGAGGAUGACCUCAGCCGGUACUGCCAGAUGUGGCAGGGCAAGACCUGCAUGCUGAGAGGCAUUAAAGUGGUACAGCGGGUCACACGAGAAAGGAGCUCCAGGCUUUUCAGCUUGAUAGACAGCCUGUGGCCCCCAGCGAUGCCUCUCAAGGAUCAUGGAGACUCACUUAGUAUGCCAAGUGAAAGCCGACCUUUGGCUCCAGCUCCGAGUUUCUGCUACCUGCUGUCAGGCCAGGAGAGCUCAGUGGAGCCCACCGAGGAUCAGACUGCUUCCCUGCUUUACCUUCACCCUGCACAACGUACCUUACGAGACAUACUGCAGAGCGAGACGAAAACCUGCCGCUGCACUUUUAUUGCCACUGUUUUAUACAAGAGAAUGCAGAACACUGAUGUAGGCCAGGGUGAGGUUUGGUUGGUGCUCACCGACCCGAGUCUACAGGAGGAGCAGUCAGAGAGGCCGUGCAGGCGCACUGUGCCUCUGUGUGUGAACACUUCCUGUGUGCUCACUUCCUCCGUCCUCAAAACACUAAAUUCUCCUGCUGUCUGUCGCCUGUCAUUCAGAGAUGCCAUCAAAGAACACGGUGUCCUUCUCUGUGCAGAGCAGUCAGUUAUUCAGGUGUGCUCUGAUGGUUGCCUCGAGUCCACAAACAGGCCAGAAUUACUUUUACCUGAGCCCCAGGCGAAGACCCUGCCCCAGCCUGCGAGACUGGAUCCACUGAGUCUGGAGACCACACCCAACUCCCUCUGCACUCUCACAGGCGUGGUUGUCGGUGUGGAUGAGAGCACGGCGUACUCGUGGCCUGCCUGUAAUCUUUGUGGAAGUGACAACUUAGAGCUUUCAGCUGAAAGGCCUCAGAAGUUCCACUGUGUUUCUUGUAAGUCUGCCGUGGAUAAGCCGCACACAAAGAUUCAGCUGGAAGUCUUCCUGACUUCUUCUUCAUUAAGUAACUGCACCAUGAAGGUGAAGCUGCAGCAGAGGACGAUCAUGACCAUCCUGAAUGCUGCAGAGCUGGAAGGGGGUGAGUUCCCAGGAUACGAUGUGGAGGCCGUGUUGGGAAAAGAGGUGGGCCCCAUCCCCGUUUACGUCCGAGUCAUCACUAGGAAGCCUGCCCUGUGGAUGGGCCUGGAAGAAAUCUGCCUCUGAGGCUGUCAGGGCAAGGAACUAAUGAGAUCAAUCCUCAGGCUUCAGCUGGCUCCAAGGAUCUGCACGCUGGGCCUCGGUCCGAGCCAACUUAUCCUCCUCCCUCCCUCUCUCCCUCUGAAGGCCUCCCCUGACAGCUUGAGGCUCUGCUGAAGGGAACAGGCUGUGAAGAGACAAGGUCCUGUUUGUGUUAAUGAUAUGUGAUCUAACCAGCCAGGGGUUGACAGCCCAAGGGUAGAGCAGUGGCAUGCAGGCUGUCAAGAGGAGCCCACGUGGGUUCCUUAACUUCAGAUUUCUGGCUUUAAAUGUUUAUUUUAAAAAAAACAAAAAAACUUUUUCAUCCUUUCUGUGUCUGUGUUUAAGAUUAACUCACUUUGUGUCAAUAAAAGGCUCAUUUUUGCUGACCUUA